UUGCUAUCUUUUUAUUCGGCAUGCUCUGCAAUUUUCAACUUUUUUGGUCGUUGUUUUCAAGUUUUUGAAGGCGGAAUGGAUCUCGAGCUUUUCUGUAUAUCUUUUUCGCUUUUGAAGUUUCAUGAGUUCAUUGUGUAAAGCUUCUGUAUGCAUUCAGACUGUAGAGGGUAAAGGAGAAUUUAAUUUCAGAAUUGAAGCUAAAGGCUAUUUUUUGUGUUCAUCUUUGGCUUUUGGGUUUUAGCUUCCAAGAUCUCAGUCACGCUUUCUCGAUUUCAUUCCUCUGAAAAUAUAUGAUUUUUGCCGCUUAUUGAGAUUGAUAUAUUUCUUUUUCUCCUUUUGCGGUUUUGUUUAACGAUUGCUGAUUUUUUGCACUAGUGCAAUAUGUUAUGGAAUCUCUUAUUCUCUUCUCCUGCAGAAUAGAUAUUUACUCUGUUUGUGUAUGCGCUGUUUUUGUGUGUGUGUCGACAUGUUAUGAAUUGAGGCUACUGUUAAUCUGUGGUUUGUUUGGAUUUAUUAUUUAUGCCUUUUUGUGGUUAUGCGUGAAAAGGAACUUUCUUUGCUUGUUGUUAUCAGAAGUCAAAUUUGUCUCUUCAACCAAGUCAAAAUUUUCAUAAGAAACGGGAUAUGUGCUCCCCCAUUAUCUCCCCAAAAAUAGUUGAAAAAUUAUACUAUCAUUUUAUUGUUUAAACACGAGCCACGUAGAAAUCUUCUCACUCUUCUCACUCUUAUUUUAUUAAUUUUUUGGUUAUUAAAAGUUGAGUCUCGAUAGACAUAUAUUAAUAUCUCGGAAUUUGUAAAGGGAUAAGAAUCUUGAUCGACCUUCUUAUGGGAGAAGAAUAGCAUCUCCCCCUUUGCUAGGGGAAAGGUCAACUGGAGUGAUUAUAUAAACAUGACCGACUACUGACCUUUUAAAAUGUCUAUGCGAUUUUUCUCACCUUGUAAAGUAAGUAUGUGCUAGUGUCUUACCUUUUUAAAUGCUUUUUUGUUUGUUGUAGGUCAACCAGAUAAUAUUGGAGUUUAAUAUGGCCGGAGACAAGAAAAUAGAGACAUAUCAGCUAAACGCCCCUGUCUCAAAGUCUGAAUCAUCAAUGAAUAUUCCUGAUAAAGAUAUGGUGAAAGAUGGAUUACCAUCCGAGUCUGUGUCAUCUGUAUCUGCUGGGGCCAAUGCUGCAUCUGGAAAAGGUGCUACUGAUCAACCUGUUACUUCAGAGCAGGGUGCCUAUUAUUCGCCUACCAACUGUUAUGAUUAUUAUUACCCAGGAUACAAUGGAAACUUUACCCAGUCUGAUGACAAAGGUUUUCCCAACACUCCUGGUGGUUCUUAUGCGGGCAUCCAACAGGAUAAUUCUUCACUCCUAUAUUAUGUUCCUAGCUACGGUCCAUAUUCAACUGGUUUUGUGGGUGUUGAUGGAAAACAAGCAUACACAUCGUCGGAAUAUCUUCAACAGCCCUGCUCAUAUGGGUCAGAGGCGUUUCCAUGUUAUACAUAUGAUUUGGCCUAUGCUGGGAAUGGUUCGUCAAGCAAUAAAAGUGGAUCUGUAAAAUCUGCAGGCACUAGUGGCUCUGGGAGGUCAAAUGGAUUUAAUGUUGCCAAAACUAAUAACAACCUCUCAAGCAAAUCUUCAGCCUUACCUUAUAAUUCCAGAACCCAACAGCCAAAUUCUUCGAGGUCCAUCUAUCAGAAUCAGUCUCUUCAUCCAUUGAGCAAGCUGGGUACUGGUUUCCAAUCAUCUGGCCUCAUGAGAGGAAUCCAGCCUGCUGGAAACUACUCUUCAUUUACCAGCCGGAAUUCUCGUUCUUUUUCGCAAUAUGGUCAAGUAAAUUACCAGUCGAAUGGUGGAUUAUGGAACAACAAUUACAGAUCCAGGUCAAGAGAAAAUUUUGGCAGAAGUGGAGAAAUCAAAGCUGCGAGCGAACUAACUCGUGGCCCUAGGGCUGACAAUAGGAAUUCUUAUAAGGUGCCAGCUGAAGUUGAACAACUGGGUUUUGCAAUUGAGAGGGAUAAAUACAACUUACAAGAGUUUGAGACAGUGUAUGAUAGUGCAAAGUUCUUUGUGAUCAAGUCAUAUAGCGAAGAUGAUAUUCACAAAUGCAUCAAAUACGACGUCUGGUCAAGUACUCCAAAUGGCAACAAGAAAUUAGAUGCUUCUUUCCGUGAAGCUGAUGCAAAAACAUCUGAGGCAGGCAAAAAAUGUCCAGUCUUCCUAUUCUUUUCGGUGAAUGGAAGUGGGCAGUUUGUCGGUGUUGCUGAGAUGAUUGGGCAGGUUGACUUUAGCAAAAACAUGGACUUUUGGCAGCUCGACAAAUGGAAUGGUUUUUUCCCAUUGAAGUGGCACAUUAUUAAAGAUGUCCCCAACACACAAUUGCGACACAUUAUCCUUGAGAACAAUGAAAACAAGGCCGUCACUUAUAGCAGGGACACUCAAGAGAUUGAGCUGAAACCGGGCCUAGAAAUUCUUAGCAUUUUCAAGAAUUACUCUGCUAAAACUUGUGUGCUUGAUGACUUCAACUUCUAUGAAAACCGAGAGAAGGCGUUGAAAGCAAAGAGGGGUGGUGUAGCAGCUUCUCAAACCAAUAGUUUUAGUAAUGGUGACUAUGAGAAGCACAUUGAGGCUGGAGAGUCCGUCAAGAAAAAUCAAUCCGAUUCUUCAUCACUUGUCGCGCUAACUAAAAAUCUCUCGCUCGAGCCUCAACCACUGCAGAGUAGUAUAUGAGCACGAUCAGUUAGGAUAUAGUAUAGGGCAGAGAGAGAGGUUGCUUUUCAUCAGUUUUGAUAGGUCAGAUUAGUCAUUGUUUUCAAGAUUCCCAUUAUCCUGAUGGUUUUUCUUUUUAGAGUUUUGGAUCUCUAUUACGUUUGGAUUUAUCUUGAUUUUUCAUUGGCAAUAUUAAUUCUCUGGAUUUUGUUUA